AUGGGUCAAACAAACUUGAACCCAACGACGCAGCAAAGCAACGACAAACCAGAGGCUGCUGAAGGGGCCAGACCCUCCCUGCAGCACGCCAGCAACGCUAGACCUGGGAUGAGACAACAAACCGUGCUGGUCCAAAGCAAGGCAAAGAACAAAGCAACAAACCCGGGGCCGCAAGAGAGGCUCGGGUCAACGACGAACAACAGUCAAAACAACACAAUCCAGAACAAAGACGCCCCUGCACAGACAGAUCAAACUGCUGAUGAAGAACGCCCGGCAAGAGGCAAACUCGGAGAGCUCAACGAGCACCUCGCAAAGGAGGGAGCUGGACGUUGUCAAGCCAAUGUUGUCCUUUUUCCCUGCUGA